ACCAAAUCUUCAAGGGGGUGCCAUUCAACGGCUGCAUGCUGCAGUUGUAGUAGGAAUUUCACUACAUAUUCAAACUUGCCCUAAUUUCGCACCGGUACAAUCACUACAAGAGCGGGAACCUUUUUUUCUUGGUGACCUAUACCGUGCUCAUCGAAGUUCAGAGGAGAACUGUUAAUAGGCUUGGUAACCUGUGUUUCCUACUGAUAUUUGGAAAAUCUGACAUCUGUUUUUCUUCCCAGUUUGCCAUUUUGAGUUGCGCGAUGGAAAAGUACGUCACCUUGGAAGAGUAUCGGGAAUUGUGGAAGGCCUUUCACGAUUUUGUGGCGCAAAUGCCGGCAGGACAGGCCCCAGUAGAGGAGAAGGUGGAGGGAAUCGAGCUGCCACCGAACGUUGCUGAUGUAGUCAAGGCUUUCAAGUGUUGGAAUGUCAGACCAGAUGACGUGUGGGUGGUGACUUUCCCAAAAGCAGGUACAACCUGGGCCCAGGAGAUUAUGUCCUGCGUGAUGUAUGACGGGAACAUCGAGGAAGUCAACAAGAAACACACGGCAUUCCGUGUCCUCUUCCUGGAGAUGGACCUUCCAGAGUUUAUCAGAAAAACAAAAAAUCUGCCAGCUUGUCAUGAAAUCGCCGAGGAGAUACCUUCCCCACGGGUCCUCAAAACCCACCUGCCUGGCCAGUUCCUGCCGCCUCAGAUGUGGGAGAGGCGCCCCAAGAUCGUCUAUGUCAUGCGCAAUCCUAAGGACCUGACCGUGUCCUACUUUUACUUCAUGAAAAUGGUCAACCCGUCACAGGACUCGCUAAAUGAAACAUUCGAGGAGUUCCUAAAUAAAAUGCUAACCGGAGAUGUUUCUUACGGACCGUGGUGGGAUCAUUAUUUGUUCUUCUGGGAAAAACGCAACGACCCAAACAUUCUCGUGCUGAAGUAUGAAGACAUGAAGCAGGACCUGAGAGGUAACGUCGAGAGGGUCAGCAAGUUCUUGGGCAAGAAUCUAUCAGCCGAGACAUUGGAUGCCAUUACAGACCACUGCAGUUUUGCAAACAUGAAGAAAAACCCAAUGGCCAACCUGGGCACCAUGCUCGGUCAUGAUGAAUCCCAAGGCGUCUUUAUGAGGAAAGGUGUGGUCGGGAACUGGAAGACCCACUUCACUGUGGCUCAGAACGAGGCGAUGGACGCCCACAUUGAGGAGAAACUGCGUGGUACUGGGCUCACCUUUGACUACAAUUAGCCAAUCAUCGGACCGGCUGGCCGCAAUGCGACUUUUGCAACUUGUCGGCUUUGUAGAUUUAAGCACUGGCCUAUUCUUAAUUAUUUUAUUUCUCUUGUACACUACUGUAAACAACCCAAAGCGCAUACCACAGGAAUUCCAAGACCAGUCAUUAACCCAGCGGACACAUUGAUGUUAAUAAAACACUUUUUAAAAUGUUACGUCCAAUGUCACGCUGAUAUUGUUUGAUAAUGUUAAAGCGACAUGCUCCUGGGGAUGUUACAUAGAUGUUAACAAAGCAUUUCAAAAAAAUCUUAAUGUGACAUUUUAACAAUGUCAUUCUGUCUUGAUUGUUAAGUGUCAUGUUAAAAUCAUAACAACGUUGUUGUCAAUGUUUGUUCCAGAAACAGCUUUUUGAAACGGGAUAGACAUGUUAUGCCUAAUGUUUUCACGAUGUUUCACAAAAAUUUCAUGGUGAUAUGGUGGCACAUCGUUUGGGUAAUCUUUUUAUGGAAAAAUGAUAUAAUUCUCAAAACCCCAAAUUAAGCUUUUAUUAUAGAUUAGCCAUCGCAGUCGCAAUUCACAGAGUUCUGAACCUUUUUCCCUAGUAUUCCUUGCAACAAGCAGUCCAACUUAAUCCAAACUAUUCCUGCAAUGACUGUUACCAGUUUCAUUAGCAGCAUUUCCGUAACUUUGAUCUUGAAACUGAAACACGUAUUAGUAGAUACACCAUUGGAUCUAAUAUAGAGAAGUCCCACAGUUCUUACACUUGAGGGCUCCCUAUUACAGCCAUGCGGUUAAAGGUUAUUAAACAGAAAUAGAAAACAUCUAGUUCAAGUGAAGUAUUUCGAAAUAACAAUAAAUACGUAAUCAUUUCAAAAACAUCACCAAUCCAAUGUUUACCCCAUUAAUCGUGACCUCAAAAGGAAUACAAUGAUCCUGUGUUUCCCCGCCCAUAAAAA